AUGACGACAACAAUAAGAGCAUACAAAGGAUUAGUGACAAAAAGGAAUGAUGUGGCACUGAACUGGCUACAAGAGUUGGCUCAGCUCCUUCAAAGGAUAGAACAAGGAGGCGUAGCAGCGCAACGCGAACGAGCCAAGGAGAUCACAAUGGACAUCACCACAUGCGAGGAGUACAUAGAUCUUCUGGAAGCUUCAGUAACCAAGUUAACGAAAGCCUUCGACGGUCUACAAGACGCCACCGACGAAGAAGAAGAUCAACUAGACAAGGAAUUCUGCUCCAAUGACAAAACCUUCUCCAACGCCAUUGAUGAGGCCGACAAGAUGAAAUCCACCUGCCCCAAGGUCCUAGGCAUCGCAUGGAAUUCGGAAACGGACAAGUUCAUUAUCAAAGGCUCGAUGACAACCUUGAAGGGAAAAGAUACCAAGCGAACAGUCACACAACAACUUGCUUCUGUGUAUGAUCCAAUGGGAUUUCUGGUGCCUCUACUACUACCGGCAAAGAUAUUCAUGCAGUCACUAUGGAAGGAAGGAUUAGAUUGGGACACACUGCUUCCAGCGCAACUGCGUGAUCAGUGGCAUCAAAUAACAUCAGAAAUUGCAACAUUUUACAAGGAAGUGAAUAGACGAAUUCUCAGCAAAUCCAAUGGCUACAGACUCGUCGUUUUCACCGACGCUAGCCAAUACGCAAUCGCAGCAUGUGCGUAUCUCACCUCGCAAGAAGAAUCCAACAUCAUUAUGGCAAAAUCCAAACUGCCCUCCAUCAAAACCUCGAUGACGAUUCCCAAGUUGGAGAUGAAUGCACUGACGCUAGGCGUAAGAAUGUCUCGCUUUAUUUGUGAAAUGUUGGAACCAUCCUGCAAAAUCAAGGAAGUGAUUCUAUACACAGACUCGGAUAUCGUGUUAGGGUGGAUAAGAACCCCUCCAUCGCGACAAAGCGCAGGCAUUUUAGUCACAAACCGAUUAUCAGAGAUUAGACGAAUCAGCAAUGAUCUCCGCAGUCGCAGCACCACGUGUCUCUUCGGACACGUCUCAACGGCAGAAAAUCCAGCCGAUUGCGGAACAAGAGGACUAUCAGCAGAAGCUUUACAGAACCAUAUCUGGUGGACAGGACCUGGAUUCACCAACAAACCGGAUCAUUCAAAGCUGAGUACGGUUGCUGAUUUCGAACAAUCAACAAUGAUGUCAGUGGAGGCAGUAACUCUAAACUCGUCAGAAGAGGUAUCUAAGGACGGUGGUGGUGGUGGUGUGGUCGACUUAAGCAGAUACAGCACCCUUGAGAAAGCUCAGAGAGUGCUAGUGUAUGCACUUCGAUUCAUAAACAGAUCCCUGAGUCAUUUUCCCCACGAAAGAAGAUUGGCAAUACAACAACACAUACCGGCUCUCAAGGAAAUUUCACCGUCACAAACCAUCACCGGGAUUGAGAUGCACGAAAGUCGAAUGUGCUUGAUUCGAGACCAUCAGAAAAACUAG